UCAGAGUAAUCCUGCUGCAGGACUGUGCUUCGAACUGGGGAGCUAAUGUUACAGUUGCCUUUCGUGAGCUGUCGGACCAGAGUUAGGACAGUUCGCCUUUUAGAAAUGCACGAGAAACGAACAACUCCGUAGACACUUAGAAAUUCCUACGUAGAUUCCGAGCGGAGAAAGAAAAACACUCUUCUGCACAGCGUGAGAACUAUACAUGUGUGUAUAUAAUAAUACCCCGGACCCAAAUCUCUGAAGCGCCUCCUAUAUCCUUCCGAUAACAUCACUUCCUCUUAAACAAAGAAGCUGACUUGGUUUAAUCUGAUACUACUGUAUUGCUUAAGAGGAUCGUUGUGUAGAGCUGGAGUAAUUGUCCUGGUGAAGAUCUUUGCAGACAGCAUGAAGGUUCAGUUAGCAGCGCUGUCGACUUUCCUGCUUUGCCAUUUGCUUGUCGCAGUUUCUGCUGGGGAAGCAUUUGGAAAAGGUUUUGGAGAUCAUAUUCACUGGAGGACACUGGAAGAUGGGAAAAAGGAAGCAGCAGCCAGUGGGUUGCCUCUCAUGAUAAUCAUUCACAAAUCCUGGUGUGGUGCUUGCAAAGCUUUAAAACCAAAGUUUUCGGAAUCUAAGGAAAUCUCAGAGCUUGCCCAUAAUUUUGUGAUGGUCAACCUUGAGAAUGAAGAGGAACCCAAAGAUGAAGCUUUUAGUCCUGAUGGUGGUUACAUUCCCAGAAUCAUUUUCAUGGAUCCCAGUGGAAACAUCCACCCAGAGAUCAUAAAUGAGAGAGGAAACCCCAGCUACAAGUACUUUUAUACCAAUGCUGAACAAGUCAUCCAAGGCAUGAAGGAAGCCCAAGAGAAGCUGACAGGUGAUGCUUACAGGAAGAAACAUCUUGGAGAUGAAUUAUAAUACACUGGGGAUCUGUUUUAUAUAAAUUCAGAAUCUAAAAUGAUAUGACUCUUCCCCCCUCCCUUUUUCCAAAUGAGGAAUUGUAGAUGCACUGAUACGACCUUUUUCCUACUGAUAACUUGUUAGAUCAAAUACUAUCUAAUUUUUCAGACAGUGAAAUCAAAAUAAAUAACUCUGUCCUCUCUUGUUUACAUUGAAAUGCCUGUUUAUAGGAUAAAUAAAGCUAAAAUACUUACUGAUGAAUGAAUGUUUCAACCUUGAGCAUAUUAUAAACCAUUUCAGUGGAGUUUAAGGCGUAACUCUUUUUAAAUUGCUUAUUCUCUAUGAGGUAAAGGCUGGUAUCUGGUUUGUGAUGAAGACAUUGGUCUUAAUAGAAUCAUCUAUUCCUUUUAUCAUAAACAGACUUAGUCUUGCUUAUUUCAGUAGGAACUUCUAGAUAACAAUGUUUAGGAUUACAACAAUCUUGCUUUUAUUGUUCAAUAUGAACUUUUACCAAGCCCACUGUACUAAACUAAUAAUUCUGUCAUGAACGCUACACCAAGUAGAGUUAUUUUCCUACCUGCCCAAGGAGCAGCAUGAAGAACCUUGGAAGUACAAAAUUGUUUUUCUUUUCCUUACAGAAUCGCCUGCUGCUCCUUUGGUUACAUUUAGACAGAAACAUAGCUUUCCCAUUUGUGCAUUUGUCUUUUAAUUCUUUUGUGAAUAGAAGGGAAAAUGUAAUGAAGUAUUUAGUGUGAAAAUCUCUUAACUUGCUGAAUGUUCUUGGUGGAUGCCUUGCUUCAUCAUAUUGUACUGUAUUUUUGUAUCUGGGUAAACAAUAAAAUGGAUUUUUAUUUUUCAUUUCA